AUGACAGUGUCACAGGAGAAUGGCCAUGCGGAAGCAGUAAUCAAGCCGAAUGGCCGAAAGGAGACUGUACAAGGUCAGAGGAAAACAAAGUUCUUGGGAUGGACCAUCAUAGGCUUGGUCGUGCGACUUGGAAUAUGGUACACGCUUCUGACACCAUUCCUGCGGUGCCCAUCGAACCUUUCCGACUUGAACGACACAUCGCCUCGGGUUUGCAAACCGUAUCUCAUUGCUCGAUCCCACGUGGAACCCUACGUUACUCCCUACUAUGAUACCUACGCCGCACCAUACGUUGACCAAGCUCGCCCCUACGUGGAUCAAGCUCGCCCAUAUGUGGAAGUUUUGAACAAGCAAGUUUAUACUCCUGCAUCCAAGUUGGCCCAAGCCGGUUAUGAAAGGUACGGUGCACCCGCAUGGGAGCAAGCUCAGGCUUAUGGAGCUUCCCAAUGGAAGGUCCAGGUGAUGCCCCGAAUUGAGGCGGUUCAGGACAAGGUUCAUCAGCUCUAUCUGGCUGAAGUGGAUCCAUACGUUCAGCAGAGCUUUGCGGUAGUGUCCCCUUACUACCAAAAAGUAAACAGCGUUGCGCUCACAGUUUAUUGGAAUCACCUGGUUCCUUUCUACACCCGAUCCCAACCUUUCAUUGGGAAGACGUAUGCUACUUCCCAGGAUAUUCUGGUGACACAUGUUGUGCCGGGUGUGCAAUACACAUGGUCCUCCGUUGUCUACUUUGCCAACAGCUCCCUGUGGCCCCAUGUUACAGGCCUCUAUUCGGAGCAGGUUGAACCGCAAUUGGUCAAGAUCGGACAGCGUUUGGCGAGCUAUCGGGAGGGGAAUCGCCUCCGUGCAGUUAUAGAGGAACUGGAUAAGUACGAAUUAGUCUACCCUGCUUAUGCAAUUAAUAUCACUAACAUGCCUAUUAGCAGUUCCUCUGAGCAGCCCAGUCUCUCGACUAGCCUUGCUUCGGUUGAAGCUAUUCGGACCUCUAGCAGUGUGACGAUGACCUCUACCACUGAAACUCCAUCUGUUGCGCCUACGAUGUCGGCAGCCGAGAAGGCAAAGCUGGCUCGUGAACAGAUUGACUCUGAUCUCCAGAGAUGGCAAGACAAGUUUGCAGUUGCAGCUGAUAGUGGCAUUGAAGAUCUUGAAGACCGACUGGAGAAAAUUGUGGGGGCUCUCAUCGCCAGUAGCGCUAAUAGCCACGGCCAAAGCCUCUCAACCGCACUUCAAAGUGUGGCUGCGAAACAACUCUCCACUAUCAAGGACCGCAUCAAUGACCUUGUGAAAACACUACCCGAAGAAGAUGCACCAGAACCUGAGGAGGAAGCCCGCGAAAAGAUGCUUACCGACAUCCGUACAUCCGCCAUCUCUGUCAGAGAUCGUGCCCAUGCUCUUCGCGAAUGGUCAUUGUCAUUCGAUGAGGAACUCCUACGUCGGGUAUCUGCAGCUGUGAACUCGACUCUCGAGGUCCUUGACGGCAUUCGUGAUCUUGGUCUCCAGGAAAUCGGUAUGCGCUGGGCAUGGAUGGAUGGCGUCACCUAUAAAGACUGGGCAAAGUAUCGCGCAGUCAAAGAACAGCUCCAGGACUGGCGCAAUGAUAUCUAUCACGUUGGGAUGAAUCACAAAUCGGUCGCGGAAGCCAAGUCCGUGGCAACCGACAUUUUGGAUCGUGGUAUGGAGGUUGCUCAAGAAACUGCUGUGGAACUUGUCCGAUUGAAGGAUGUUGGCUAUUGGAAACUAGCUGCCCGUGAAGUCAGCGAUAAUUUUGAGACCAGAACUGAGGCUCCUCCCCCGAGACCAAAGCCGGAAGUUUAUUCUGAGGAUUCAGAGAGCGAUGUUGACACUGAAAAUGGUGAAACCAUGAAGGUAUCUUCGGAAUUCACGAGAUCUAAUGUCGACGAUGAGGAUGACGAUUUGGCUGGCGAGAAUUCGUCGAACUUUGAGGAAUCUUUCGACGGCACAGCUCACGUUGAGGGUGAUGACGAUAUUGCUGAGUCAAUUUCCGCUGAUGCUAUUCAGGAUGAGUCGAGUCCUGUUAAGGCCGCCUGGGGAGGGGUUGCGGCAGCUGAUGCUAACACCUAUCAAGCUCCUAUUCUGGAUGAUGACGAGCAGGAUGCCAUACAUAGCUUUACAAGUAAGGCCGGUGAUGCUUACUCCGACGCCUAUUCCCAGGCGAGCUCAGCUUUUGCCGAUUCAACCUCGAAUGCCAAGAUUCUUUACGAGAUCGCGAAGUCGCAAGUCAUGGGUCAAAUGGCUCAGUCCAGUGAGCCUGCCCAUGCACGGGUCCUCUCUUCCGUUGAAUCGGCGUACUCUGGAGCCGUCAAGUAUGCAACCGAAGAGUUCCAGGCUAAAAUUGCUGCGGUCAAGGCAACUCCUACCCCUGCUGGACCUCUGGCCCAGAUUUCCUCAAUUGCUUCUUCUCGAUUGAGCGAGGGUCUUAGCGUCGCCUCUGAGAAACUGGCCAAUAUUCAACCCGUCCCAUCCCAAACAAGCUCUGUAGGCCUGCAGCCUUAUGUGCUUGAUGCUCAGCGUCGCUACUAUGAAGCUGUUGGUCUUGCGCACGAUCACUACACUGCUUUCGUCUCCACGGCUUCUCACGCCGUCUAUGGUACUCCGACCCCCACUCCACCUCCUCGCGGCUUCCAGCAGCUCAUCGAAGAGGCUGGGUCCCAAUAUGCACAGGCUUCUUCUCUUGUUUCCGCCAGCCUUGCUGCAGUUAUCGCUUCCGCCAGCUCUAUGGCUUCAACAGCAGAUGAGGGGAGGGUGCAGGGCAUCAUUAGCGAUGCCUCAUCCAGGUAUCACGCGGCCAUGUCGGCAGCAUCUACCUCUCUGUCUAUUGCGUCUGCAUCUGCUAGCUCUGCUGUCUAUGGCACUACACCCGGUGCUUUGGAGUCCCUCUCCAGCCAAGCAUCCGAGAACUGGGAAAGCCUCAUUUCCAAGGCCAGCGAGCAAAUAUAUGGCACCUCCGCGCCGUAUCUUCAACAGCUGCAGGAGCGACUGCCGCAAUUUGAGGCUGUUCAGGGGGUAGUGUCUGAGCUCCUUAUUGGCAAGGAACCCUCAUUCACGGAAAGUAUCAUGAGCAAACUCCGUGUUGCGUACGAAACCCCCUACCCUGCUGCCGCCUUGUCUUCUGCUUCAAGCUACAUUGGUGAGACAUACGAAUCAGCGUCAUCCGCUGCUGAUGCUUACGUCUCGGCCGUUCCCAGCGUGGAGGAUGUCUUACAAAACGUGAACGAACAGCUCAACGCUGCGGUCGAAGCCGCCAGUGUCGGGCUCUAUGGCACUUCCAAGGGCUCUUUCGAACAGGCCACAGAGGCUGUUAAUGAUGCCUAUAGCACUGCUUCAGCACAGAUUAGCAGUGCUAUCUAUGGAAAGGAGUCUGGCUACAUUGAUAUUGCCAAAGAGAACAUUGAGAAUAUUCAGUCCAAGGCCAGUGCUGCCAUUUACGGGAAGGAGCCCGGGGCAGUGGAGAGCGCCACCAGUCGCCUCGCUGCCGCUGUCGAAGGUGCCCAGUCCCAGCUAGCCGAACUGGCUUCUAGCGCCAGCAGCGUCGCCUCCGAAGCUGCUGAGACUGCUGCAUCCCAUGUAGAGGAUGCCACCAGCCACAUCAAGUCUGCCAUGUCCUCGGGGAAGGACGAGUUGUAA